GUUAAGGGUCCUCUCUGCUCAUUGGAACCAGCUGCCCUCCUCACUCCCUGGCUCCAGCUUAGAAGUGAUAAAUAUUAAGAGGACUUGGGUGGGGGACUGGGGAGCAAUGGGGGUACAAAGAGGGCCUGGGGUGAGACUGCCCAACCCGGAGCACUGGAGAUCAAGGGACCGACAGCACAGCUGACACACUGAUGACCUUUCCCCUACAUUUGGCUAUUUUUAGCUCUAAUGCCGCCACCCUCACGUGAGACCCUUUGGCCCCCCCCCAGGUUCCCAGACCUUUGAACAAUCUUGGGCUUGCAGAAACCCGACCCCCCCCCCAUUUCCACCACCGAGGGGAGGGGAUUCUGGUUGCCGCCCCCCAUCUGUUUUCUCAACCCAAAUUUGGGAGUGGGUGUCAGGUUCCCAGUGAGGGCGGGGCGGGGUUGGUCAGUCCUGAAGGACGUGGGGACACGGGCCAGAGCGACUGGCCCCAGACGCGGACAGGAGCAAACCCAAGCCGUGAGUGGAGUGGGGGGCAGCACAAGGCUACCUACCUUUCUCGGAGUCCUGGGACGGUGCACGGGGCGAGGUGCCAGCCAACCCCCAGGAUGGCGGAAGCACACCAAGCCGUGGCCUUUCAGUUCACGGUGACCCCAGAUGGGGUCGACUUCCAGCUCAGUCGGGAGGCCCUGAAACACGUUUAUCUGUCCGGGAUCAACUCCUGGAAAAAACGUCUGAUUCGCAUCAAGAAUGGCAUCCUUAGGGGUGUAUACCCUGGCAGCCCUACCAGCUGGCUGGUUGUCAUCAUGGCAACAGUGGGUUCCUCCUACUGCAACGUGGACAUCUCUAUGGGGCUAGUCUCUCAUAUCCAGAGAUGCCUCCCUGAGGGAUGUGGCCCCUACCAGACACCGCAGACCCGGGCACUUCUCAGCAUGGCCAUCUUCUCCACGGGGGUCUGGAUGACGGGUAUCUUUUUCUUCCGCCAAACCCUGAAACUGCUUCUUUCCUACCACGGUUGGAUGUUUGAGAUGCAUGGCCAGACCAGCCACUUUACCAAAGUCUGGGCUAUCUGUGUCCGCCUUCUGUCCAGCCGGCGGCCCAUGCUCUACAGCUUCCAGACAUCUCUGCCCAAGCUUCCCGUGCCUAGUGUGCCGGCCACAAUUCAGCGGUACCUGGAAUCUGUGCGGCCCUUGCUGGAUAACGAGGAAUAUUACCGCAUGGAGAUGCUGGCCAAGGAAUUCCAGGACAAGACUGCCCCUCGGCUGCAGAAGUAUCUGGUACUCAAGUCGUGGUGGGCAACUAACUAUGUGAGUGAUUGGUGGGAAGAGUACAUCUACCUCCGAGGCAGGACCCCCCUCGUGGUGAAUAGCAACUAUUAUGUCAUGGACUUUGUGCUCGUCAAGAACACAGAUGUGCAGGCAGCCCGCCUGGGAAACAUCGUCCAUGCCAUGAUCAUGUAUCGCCGUAAACUGGACCGUGAAGAGAUCAAGCCUGUGAUGGCCCUGGGCAUGGUGCCUAUGUGCUCCUACCAGAUGGAGAGGAUGUUCAACACCACCCGCAUCCCAGGCAAGAAGACAGACGUGCUGCAGCACCUCUCGGACAGCAGACAUGUGGCCGUCUACCACAAGGGCCGCUUCUUCAAGGUGUGGCUCUAUGAGGGCUCCCGCCUGCUCAAGCCCCGAGACCUGGAGAUGCAGUUCCAGAGGAUCCUGGAUGACCCCUCCCUGCCUCAGCCCGGGGAGGAGAGGCUGGCGGCCCUCACUGCGGGGGGAAGAGUGGAGUGGGCGCAGGCACGCCAGGCCUUCUUUGGCUCUGGCAAGAACAAGGCUUCUCUGGAUGCCAUCGAACGUGCUGCUUUCUUCGUGGCCCUGGAUGAGGAGUCUCACCACUACGACCCUGAAGACGAGGCCAGCCUCAGCCUCUAUGGCAAGGCCCUGCUGCAUGGCAACUGCUACAACAGGUGGUUCGACAAGUCUUUCACUCUCAUCUCCUUCAAGAAUGGCCACGUGGGCCUCAACACAGAACAUGCGUGGGCAGACGCCCCUAUCAUAGGGCAUCUCUGGGAGUUUGUCCUAGGCACUGACACCUUCCACCUGGGCUACACGGAGGCUGGGCACUGCAUAGGCAAAUCGAACUCCAUGCUGGCACCUCCUCAGCGGCUGCAGUGGGACAUUCCUGACCAGUGCCAGGCAGUCAUCGAGAGUUCCUACCAGGUGGCCAAGGCACUGGCAGACGACGUGGAGUUGUACUGCUUCCAGUUCUUGCCCUUUGGCAAGGGCCUCAUCAAGAAGUGCCGGACCAGCCCUGACGCCUUUGUGCAGAUCGCCCUGCAGCUGGCUCACUUCCGGGACAGGGGCAGGUUCUGCCUGACCUAUGAAGCCUCGAUGACUAGAAUGUUCCGGGAGGGACGGACCGAGACCGUACGUUCCUGUACUAGCGAGUCCACAGCCUUUGUUCAGGCCAUGGUGGAAGGGACCCACAUGAAAGCACACCUCCAAAAUCUCUUCCGGAAAGCUUCUGAAAAGCACCAGAAUAUGUACCGCCUGGCCAUGACGGGGGCUGGGAUUGACAGGCACCUCUUCUGCCUCUACGUGGUCUCCAAGUACCUGGGGGUCAGCUCUCCUUUCCUGGCUGAGAGCUGGUGUUCUUGUGAGUGGAGAGGUACAGAAACGUGUGAUAUGUCAGGUGGUGACAGCGCUCCUGAGAAAAGUGAAGAGGCUGCAGGGAAUCAGGCUGGGCAGAGUCCAGGUAGAGGGAACCUCCAGUAUCCAGACCCUGAGGCAAGGGUGCUCUCAGAACCCUGGCGCCUCUCCACCAGCCAGAUUGCUCAAUUCCAGAUCCGCAUGUUUGACCCAGACCAGUACCCCAAUCACCUGGGCCCCGGCGGUGGCUUUGGCCCUGUAGCAGAUGAUGGCUAUGGGGUUUCCUACAUGAUUGCAGGAGAGAACACCAUCUUCUUCCACGUUUCAAGCAAGUUCUCAAGCUCAGAGACGAAUGCUCAGCGCUUUGGGAACCACAUCCGCCAAGCUCUGCUGGACAUCGCUGAUCUUUUCCAAGUUCCCAAGGCUGACAGCUGAGGGCUGGAAAAAACACCAGCUGCCCUUUCAUCCCCAAGUUGUGGAGGAAGGGGCCUGUGGUCACCUUGCAGGCACAAGGAGUGGCCGUGCACAGGUGCCCAGGUUCCAAGGACAGCUCUGGCAGCAGGAUCUCCCCAGGCAGACACUGCUCCCUGUGGGCCAAGGUGGUGGAGGUGGGGUUGGAGCAAGUAGGGAAUUUUGAUUUUUUUUUUUUUUUGCUAGAUACCAAUAAAAAUAAGGCUGUGUAA